CUAUACUCCGCAUGUUUUUGAUUGUCCUUCUUUUUUUUUCCAGUUGUAUAUAAAUACAGGGCGAUCAACAACAAAUUUCUCUUCUUUUUUUUUUUCUCUUCAUUAUUUCUCUCACCCUUUAAUACAUAUACACACAUAAAAAAAAUGAAGUUCACUCUUGUCGGAUUAGCUGCUCUCGCUGUUGGUGUUCAAACCGCCAUUGCUGCCUCUUGUAACUGUCCCGUUGGAGAUACCAACUGUUUAAACAAGUGUGUUACCGAUACUAACGGUUGUAUUGACGCCUGUAAUGGUGCCAUUGAUUGUUACCAAGCUUGUUUAAACCACUGGCCUGGUGUUGAAGGUUCUACCACUGCUGGUGGUGCUACCACAACUCAAUCCGCCACCGGAGAAUCCACUCGUGCCACCAACUCUGCCAGCAGCGAUCGUACUGGAUCUUCUUCUUCUAGCCGUGGAAGCGCUUCUUCCGAAGCCUCUUCUAACACUCGUGUUGUUGCCGCUACUACUACUACUGGUAGCGCUGCUUCUGCUACUGCUACUGCUUCUUCUACCAGAGAUAUUAGCCGUUCUGUCUCCAUGGUUGCCGCAUCCAUUGCUUCUGAAAUCUCUGUUACUUCUGCAGCUGUCGCCUCUGGCGCUUCCGGUGUUUCUCAAUCUGCAGUUGCCUCUGCCUCUGGUAUCGUUUCCGCUGCAUCCUCUGGUGCAUCUUCUGUUGCUUCUGGUCUUUCCGCUACAUCUGCAUCAGUUGCUUCUGUCACCUCUUCUGUUCAAUCUGUCUUGAGCCAAGCUUCUUCUGCUGCUUCCUCCAAGGUUGCCUCUGCUACUUCUAUGGCUUCCGCUGCUGCUUCUGCUACCCCUGAUUCUAACUCUGGUGCCAAUGUCAUGCCUGCUCUCGGUAUGACUGUCUUGUCCAUUGCUCUUGCUAUGUUGGGUUUCCAAUAAAUUGGUGCAAAAUCAACAAAGAAAUAGAAAAAUGGGCGUAUAUAAACAUCCCCCCCCAAUAAUCCAAGUAGUCCCCUUUUUUUUAUUUUUUCUCUCACACUCUACAUAAUUAUGUAAUAUAACCUACAUCUUAUACACAUUUAUAAAUAAACUUUUUACAUCUAUUUUAAAACAAA